AUGUGGAAGAUCACUUGUAUUUCUGUGAUACUGUUCCUGGCUACCAACGUAAAAGGGGAAGAUGAAGACGAAAAUGAAACCGAAACACGUAUAGGCAUGCCCAAUCCAUUUUAUAACUCUGAAUGCACUCAAGCAGGGAUAUUGUAUUACAAGAGGAGUCUGUUUGGGUGUUCCAUAUGUGCCUGUUUCACAGGUGUCGGCGGUGCUUUGUACAGCAGAUGUGCAUUAUGCAACGAUUGCCAAAACUAUCCGGUGCCACCGCCUUACCCAGAUUAUCCAGUGCCUCAACCUAUACCAGAUUAUCCGAUACCCCGGCCCAUACCAGAUUUUCCGAUACCGCAGCCCAUGCCAGGUCCACCUCAAAUUGUGAUCCCAGGACCGGUGCGUCCGUAUCCAGUUCCUGUACCAGUACCGGGACCAAAGGUCUUUGUACCAGUGCCCGUGCCAGUGCCGUCGGCACCCCAAAAGGUCUACGUGCCAGGCCCAGCUAUACCUGUUCCGGUGAAAGAGGAAGUGCCUGUGCCGAUUCCAAUCGAGAAACCGUACCCAGUGCCGUCUCCACCGAGAAUCAUCCCUGUACCAGAACUGGUGCCAGUUCCGGGACCUGUGAGACCCUUGCCGGUACCCGGCCCGGCCUACCCGGCUAAUGCAAAUGCGAUUGGUAAUGGUUGGGCUCAAGGAGGAGGCAUCUCAAAUGCCCUGGGUCAAGCACAAGCAGUAUCUCAACCUUACGGCGGAGGCUCAGCUUUCGCUGAUGCUCUAGCUCACGCUCAAGGCUUAGGAAGCACUGGUGGAGGAUAUGCCGAUGCAUUAGCUCAGGCUCAAGGUUUGGGAGGAAUCAGUGGUGGUCUUGCUAAUGCUUUGGCUCAAGCUACAUCACAAUCACAAAAUUUGGGAGGAGCCAGUAGUGGGCUUUCUGAUGCUCUGGCACAAGCUACAGCGCAAGCACAAGGUUUAGGAGGCGUUGGUGGUAGUUUUUCUGAUGCUCUAGCUCAUACGCAAGGUAUAGGAGGCAUAGGCGGAGGAUAUGCCGAUGCUUUAGCUCGUGCUCAAGGCAUAGGAGGUAUAGGCGGAGGAUAUGCCGAUGCUUUAGCUCAUGCGCAAGCACAGGCUCAAGGUAUGGGAGGAGUAGGUGGUAGCCUUGCUGAUUCUCUAGCUCUUGCUCAAGGUUUAGGAAGUAUUGGCGGAGGAUAUACUGAUGCUUUAGCACAUGCCCAAGCUCAAGGUUUAGGAAGCCUUGGCGGUGGAUAUUCCGAUGCUUUAGCACAUGCCCAAGCUCAAGGUUUAGGAGGCAUUGGCGGAGGAUAUUCUGAUGCCUUAGCACAUGCGCAAGCUCAAGGCUUAGGCGGUAUUGGCGGAGGAUAUGCUGAUGCUUUAGCUCAGGCCCAAGCUCAAGGAUUUGGAGGAUAUGGCGGUAGCUCAGCCAUUGCAGAUGUCUUGGCUCACGCUAAUGGAGCAAUCGGUAGUAUCAGAUCAGGAGAGGCAGAUGACGAAGAAAAAAAAGAUGAUGAAGUAAGAAAGAAACGAGAAACUAGUUUCUCAAGACUAGUUCACUGGGCACGCGAAAAUGACGAAAAAACUCAAUGA